AUAACGAGAGCCACACCAGAGGCCAGAGCUAUGCUGUCGCAGCAAGCAAAGGAGGCAACGAGAUGCUGUAGGGACUCUGACUCUUGCUGCCAGGCUGCAACAAGAGGAAGGCAGAUUCUGGCCCCCAACAGGUGAAAACAAGAGAGGAGCAAGGCAGGAAGCACAAAAGCAAACCUAUCUCAUGAAGGAAACAGCACAACUUCAAGCACAGUUUUAAGCACAGCAUACCAAGGAGGAACAGAAAUCCCAAGCAGAGCAAAGGGGAGGAAUGGCUUAGAGAAAAGCAAAAGCACCCCACAAAGGACACAGCCAACCUACCCCCGCAAAGGGGAUCAGCCAAAGGCUUCUGUCUCUCCUGGUGCAGCUUAAAAAGGGGAGGUCAAUUGAAGUCUCCUCCCACCCCAGCUGUGGCCACUUUGCCCUCCCUGCUCAGUGCCCUUUAUAAGCAGAGCAGGAGGAGCCCAGCCCCAAGCUGGGCCCAUUGUGGGCCAAGGGAUCCUCCGCCUGGCAUCCCAGCUCUCUCCAGCAAGCAUGGCAUGAGCUGAAGGAGCAGCAGGAGCAGCAUGGCCGUUCCCCAGGCAGCAGGAGGGUUCAGCCCAGCACCAGCUCAUGCGGGAGGAGCAGAUGCUGAGGAACAUCCCCCACGAGACGCAGGUGGCCAAAGAGGCUGGGUCAGAAUGGUUCAACAAGUUCCAGAAAACAUAAGUUUUCCCCAUGAAGAAGAGAAAAUAUUGGAGCUCUGGAAAAAUCUGAAUUGUUUCCAGGAGUGGCUAAAACAAUCAAAGAAUAGACCUAGGUUUAACUCCUAUGAUGGCCCUCCCUUUGCUGCUGGCCUUCCACACUAUGGCCAUGUUCUUGCAGGAGCCAUUACAGACAUAGUAACUCGAUUUGCUCAUCAGAGUGGUUUUCAUGUUGACAGAAGAUUUGGCUGGGCUUGUCAUGGCUUCCCUGUGUGCUCCCAGGAAUAUGAGAUUGACAAGACCUUGGGCAUUAAAGGGCCGGAGGACGUGGCAAAGCUGGGGAGUAAAGAACACAACAACCAGUGCAGAGGAAUUGUAAUGAGAUACUCAAAGGAAUGGGAGCUACCUUGCUUCUCAGUGGUGAUCCUGAACGGGGAACAAAAAGAACAGCUUUGUGGCUCAGAACAGGGAGACUGCUCUGAUGUCGAGAGGUUCCUUUAAGUUCAAUGCCACAAGAUUGGGACAGUGGAUUGAUUUUAAAAGUGACUAUAAAACUCUCUCCUGAAUUCAUGGAGUCUGUCUGGAUUGUCAUUAAAAGGUGACCUCUCUUUCCUUCCUUGCUGGGUGUGGCCCCACAGCCCUGCCCUUGGUGUUCUGCAGUAGCAUCAGGCUCAGGGUGCCACCAGUCUGAAGCAGCAGCUGCAGGCUGUAGGUACCUCCUGAAUCUGUCAUGUUUCUUUAGGAUGGCCUCACUCUGUGUAGCUUUGUGUGCUUUUGGGCAUAAUUUUUCUUUACAUUGCAUGUUUUUCACAUGAGCUGUGUCACUGACGUCAGUGUCCUGCUGCAUUGAAUUGUCCUUUUGUCUUGCUGGGAACUGAUGCUAGGUCACACAGCAAUCGAUGUGUUCAUUUCUCUGUACUACCUUGGACACGUUGAAAUGAAGCACUCCUAGAUCCCACUCUUGCAAGGUUUUGCCUGGCUUGCUUCAUUGCUAGCUGAGUUAACAGCUCUUUAAAAAGGGGAGAAGCAAUUUGUGUGAGCUUGAAAAUAAUUUCCCAGUGUUACUGCUGAGGACUUCAGAUAUCUGGAGGGGAAAGAGUUUUCACACCCUUUGCAAACCCUUAGAUAGUGAGUCAUUGCAAACAGAACCACUUGGUCACUUGCCUGCCCCAAAAGGAUGGUGUUAAGAACUUGAGAACCUCUAAGAUGAAAUCCUUCUCCUCGCUGUGAAGUGAAUGUCUAUGUGUGGAGAGGGUAACUUGC